AUGGUCAGGGUUCAAUGGGAUAACAAAGUUAUUGGACUGUUUGUUAAGGCCAGUUUGAUUAAUGCGUGCGCCCAAGUUUAUGAUGCACUUGAUCACAAUUUGAGAAACACCCGUGUGGUGAAUGUACUGAUGGAUGAGCUACCAAAAUCAAGGCGGAUUAAUGAUGCACUGACCAGACAGUGUGGUAAGGCAUGGGACCUCUUGAAUGAGAGAAUGAGUUUAGGUGGAGAUGUGAAGAUGGCUUCUUGUAAUGCCCUCUUGAGAGAGUUGGGGAAAGAAUGUGAUUUUGUGAAAAUGAAUUUGCUUAUGGAGGAAAUGAAGGAAAGGGAAUUCCACCAAAUGUUGGCAUUUGAGAAGACGAACGAUGGAGACUUUAGAAUUGAGACUGAUGUUGUGCUUUAUAAUACAUUGAUUGAUGGUUUAUGUAAAGUUGGGAGGCGGGAGGAGGGUUUGAAGUUAAUGGAGAGUAAGUGCAAGCCAAACACGAUUACUUAUAAUUGUUUGAUUGAUGGGUUUUCUAAAGUGGUGAGAUCGAGAGAGGGCAAGAGCUAUUUGAGCUGA